AUGGCGACAUCCGACUCAAAGGCUCCUAUAAGGACUGUUAAAAGGGUUCAAUUUGGAAUUCUUUCUCCAGAUGAAAUCCGCCGUAUGUCUGUCACCGAGGGUGGCAUUAAAUUUCCGGAAACGAUGGAAGGAGGUCGUCCAAAACUUGGCGGUCUCAUGGAUCCUCGUCAGGGUGUAAUCGACAGGAAUUCACGAUGUCAAACUUGUGCUGGCAACAUGACCGAGUGCUCUGGUCACUUCGGACACAUUGAUUUAGCUAAGCCAGUAUUUCACGUUGGAUUUAUCACUAAAACAAUUAAAAUAUUACGGUGUGUAUGUUUUUUCUGUUCAAAAUUACUUAUCAGCCCUCAAAAUCCUAAAAUUAAAGAAGUAGUAAUGAAAACAAAAGGUCAACCUCGUAAGAGACUCGCAUUUAUCUACGACCUGUGCAAAACUAGAAAAAUUUGUGAAGGAGGAGAUGAAAUGGAUAUCAAUAAAGAAGGUGCAGAAAUUCCACCAACUGGAGGCAAACAACCGCACGGUGGAUGUGGUAGGUGGCAACCACAGUUGCGUAGGACAGGAUUAGACAUCUCUGCUGAGUGGAAGCAAGUAAACGAAGAUUCACAGGACAAGAAAAUAGUACUGACUGCUGAACGUGCUUGGGAAAUUCUCAAGCACAUUACUGAUGAAGAGUCAUUUAUACUCGGAAUGGAUCCCAAGUUUGCCAGACCCGAUUGGAUGAUUGUCACCGUGUUGCCAGUACCACCAUUGUCAGUAAGACCUGCAGUUAUUAUGUACGGAUCUGCUAAAAAUCAGGACGAUUUGACUCACAAGUUGGCCGAUAUUAUUAAAUCAAAUAAUGAGUUGCUGCGUAACGAGCAAGCCGGAGCUGCAACUCACAUUAUCGCUGAGAACAUUAAAAUGCUGCAGUUUCACGUGGCGACACUUGUUGACAACGACAUGCCGGGAAUGCCCAAAGCCAUGCAGAAAUCUGGUAAGCCUCUAAAAGCCAUCAAAGCGAGACUGAAAGGAAAGGAAGGUCGUAUACGUGGUAACCUUAUGGGUAAGCGUGUCGACUUUUCAGCCCGUACUGUCAUCACACCAGAUCCAAAUCUACGUAUCGACCAGGUCGGUGUGCCUCGUAGUAUCGCUCAGAAUUUAACAUUCCCAGAAAUAGUUACUCCAUUUAAUAUUGACAAAAUGCAAGAGCUGGUUCAACGAGGUAACUCCCAGUAUCCUGGAGCCAAGUACAUCGUACGAGACAACGGUGAGCGUAUUGACUUGAGGUACCAUCCUAAGCCAUCAGACUUGCAUUUGCAGUGUGGUUACCGUGUCGAGAGACACAUUCGUGACGGCGACUUAGUUAUCUUUAACCGACAGCCCACGUUACACAAAAUGAGUAUGAUGGGUCAUCGUGUUAAAGUCUUACCCUGGAGUACAUUCCGUAUGAAUUUAAGUUGUACCUCACCUUACAAUGCCGAUUUCGACGGUGACGAAAUGAAUUUACACGUUCCACAGUCUAUGGAGACGCGAGCUGAGGUUGAGAACAUUCACGUUACACCACGUCAGAUUAUUACUCCUCAAGCAAACAAACCCGUCAUGGGUAUUGUACAGGACACGUUGACGGCUGUAAGAAAAAUGACCAAACGUGAUGUUUUCAUCGAGAAAGAACAGAUGAUGAACAUCCUUAUGUUUUUACCGAGCUGGGAUGGUAAAAUGCCGCAGCCUUGCAUUUUAAAACCAAAACCUCUGUGGACUGGUAAGCAAAUAUUCUCGCUGAUUAUUCCUGGUAAUGUCAACAUGAUCCGUACACACAGUACUCACCCGGACGAGGAGGACGACGGUCCUUACAAGUGGAUUUCUCCGGGAGACACCAAAGUAAUGGUAGAGCACGGUGAGCUGGUGAUGGGUAUCUUGUGUAAGAAGACUCUAGGUACGUCUGCAGGUUCCUUGCUUCAUAUUUGUAUGUUGGAGCUGGGUCACGACGUCUGCGGUAAAUUUUACGGUAACAUUCAGACUGUAAUUAACACGUGGUUGUUGCUAGAGGGUCACUCAAUCGGUAUUGGUGACACUAUUGCUGAUCCGCAAACUUACAUAGAUAUCCAAAAGGCUAUUAAGAAAGCUAAGGCGGAUGUAAUAGAAAUUAUCCAGAAAGCCCAUAACAUGGAGUUGGAGCCUACUCCUGGUAAUACACUGCGACAGACUUUUGAAAAUCAGGUAAACAGAAUUCUUAACGACGCUCGUGACAAAACUGGAAGUUCUGCCAAGACAUCUUUGACUGAGUACAACAACUUAAAGGCUAUGGUGGUAUCAGGAUCCAAGGGGUCUAACAUUAACAUUUCUCAGGUUAUUGCUUGUGUAGGUCAACAAAACGUAGAAGGUAAACGUAUUCCAUUUGGUUUCCGUAAACGUACCUUACCACAUUUCAUUAAAGAUGAUUACGGUCCCGAGUCCAAAGGGUUCGUCGAGAAUUCAUAUCUUGCUGGUCUUACUCCGUCCGAAUUUUACUUCCACGCCAUGGGAGGUCGUGAGGGUCUUAUUGAUACUGCUGUAAAAACUGCUGAGACUGGAUAUAUUCAACGUCGUUUGAUAAAGGCUAUGGAGUCUGUAAUGGUACACUACGACGGUACUGUCAGAAAUUCUGUUGGUCAGUUGAUCCAAUUGCGUUACGGUGAAGACGGUUUGUGCGGAGAGACUGUAGAGUUCCAGAACCUGCCGACGAUCAAGCUGAGCCACAAAGCAUUUGAGAAGAAGUUCAAGUUUGAUCCUAGCAAUGAAAGAUAUCUCAGGAGAAUCUUCACCGAGGACAUUGUCAGAGAAAUGAUGGGAUCUGGAGAAGUUAUCUCAGAGCUUGAGCGUGAGUGGGAACAACUGUCUAGAGACCGGGCUGUUUUGCGUGAAAUUUUCCCCAGCGGUGAAUCCAAAGUGGUAUUACCUUGUAAUUUACAAAGAAUGAUCUGGAAUGUACAGAAAAUUUUCCAUAUCAACAAACGAGCUCCCACUGAUCUCAGCCCAAUGAAAGUUAUUCAAGGUGUUAAGACCUUGCUGGAGAGGUGUAUCAUUGUAGCCGGUGAAGAUCGUUUGAGUAAACAAGCCAAUGAAAACGCUACGCUACUUUUCCGCUGUCUCGUACGCUCAACUUUGUGCACAAAGUGUGUGUCUGAAGAAUUCCGACUCUCAAGCGAGGCCUUUGAGUGGUUGAUUGGAGAAAUAGAAACACGAUUCCAGCAGGCUCAAGUUUGUCCUGGUGAAAUGGUUGGUGCGUUGGCUGCCCAGUCACUUGGUGAGCCUGCGACACAAAUGACACUGAAUACCUUCCAUUUCGCAGGAGUUUCGUCCAAGAACGUAACUCUCGGAGUGCCACGUCUUAAGGAAAUUAUUAACAUCAGUAAGAAGCCCAAAGCUCCUUCGCUAACAGUAUUUUUAACUGGUGUUGCUGCGAGAGAUGCAGAGAAAGCCAAAAAUGUGCUCUGUCGUCUCGAGCACACGACUUUGAGAAAAGUUACAGCCAACACAGCCAUUUACUACGACCCAGAUCCACAAAAUACUGUUAUCGCAGAGGAUCAGGAGUUUGUAAAUGUCUACUACGAAAUGCCUGACUUUGAUCCGACUAAAAUAUCACCAUGGCUGUUGCGUAUUGAAUUGGACCGCAAGAGGAUGACUGAUAAAAAGUUGACUAUGGAACAAAUCGCUGAAAAAAUAAACGCUGGUUUUGGUGACGAUCUCAAUUGUAUAUUCAAUGACGACAAUGCUGAGAAAUUAGUUUUACGGAUAAGAAUAAUGAACAGCGAGGACAAUAAAUUCCAUGAAGGUGAAGAAGAGAUCGCUGAUAAAAUGGAAGAUGAUAUGUUCCUACGUUGUAUUGAAGCCAAUAUGCUCAGUGAUAUGACACUCCAGGGUAUUGAGACUAUUGGCAAAGUGUACAUGCAUUUACCUCAAACGGAUGCCAAGAAACGUAUUAUAAUAACAGACACAGGUGAAUUCAAAGCCAUUGCCGAGUGGCUGCUGGAAACUGACGGUACCAGUUUGAUGAAAGUACUCAGUGAACGUGACGUCGAUCCAGUAAGGACCUUCUCCAACGAUAUUUGUGAGAUAUUCCAAGUGCUGGGUAUUGAAGCUGUCCGUAAGUCCGUCGAGAAAGAAAUGAACGCUGUAUUGCAGUUCUACGGUCUUUAUGUAAACUACCGUCACUUGGCGUUGCUUUGUGAUGUGAUGACUGCCAAGGGACACUUGAUGGCCAUCACGCGUCACGGUAUCAACAGACAGGACACUGGUGCUCUCAUGAGAUGUUCAUUCGAGGAAACAGUUGAUGUGCUACUUGACGCUGCUUCUCACGCUGAGGUUGAUCCUAUGAGAGGAGUGUCGGAGAAUAUUAUCAUGGGACAAUUGCCGCGUAUUGGUACUGGAUGCUUCGACUUACUGCUGGACGCUGAAAAAUGUAAGCAAGGUAUCGAGAUUCCGUCAGUUGUCGGUGCGAGUGUUAUGGGUGGAGCUGGUAUGUUCUUCGGAAGCGCUGCUACGCCGAGUAUGAGUCCUCAGAUGACUCCUUGGAACCAAAUGGGAGCUACUCCUGGCUACGGUGCAUCUGCUAUGUCUCCUGCUCUAGGAAGUGGUAUGACUCCAGGAGGAGCUUGCUUCUCACCAUCUGGUGCUUCAGACGCGUCAGGACUGUCACCAGCGUACUCAGCGUACUCACCACAACCUGGCAGUCCUGGAAGUCCAGGCCCAAGUAUGAGUCCUUACCCAAUGUCACCAGCAGGUGGUGCCUCACCAAGUUACUCACCGACUUCUCCAGCAUACUUACCAACGUCGCCGAGCAUGACUCCGUCGAGUCCUAAUUACUCUCCUACCAGCCCAACAUACUCACCAACCAGUCCUAAUUACUCACCAACAUCUCCGAGUUAUUCUCCAACAAGUCCAGGUUACUCUCCGGCGAGCCCGAGCUACUCUCCAACUAGCCCCAGUUACUCGCCAACAUCUCCAAGUUAUUCACCCACCAGUCCGAGUUAUUCUCCGACGAGUCCCAGCUACUCACCAACAUCUCCCAGCUACUCUCCUACCUCACCAAGUUAUUCACCUACAAGCCAUAGUUACUCUCCAACCAGCCCCAGCUAUUCACCAACCAGUCCUGGGUAUUCUCCAACGAGUCCGAGCUACUCACCAACCAGCCCGGGCUACUCUCCUGCUGGACCAAGUUAUUCUCCAACAAGUCCAUCAUAUUCACCAAGCUCGCCCAAUUACACUCCUCAAUCUCGGUCUUAUUCACCAACAAGUCCCAGCUACUCUCCAAGCUCGCCUCAAUAUUCUCCAGCGAGUCCAAGCUACUCACCGAGCAGUCCAAAGUAUUCUCCAACAAGUCCCAGCUACUCUCCAACUUCGCCAUCAUUCGCUGGCACCUCGCCUCAGUACACACCAACAAGUCCAACCUACUCGCCUACCAGUCCAACUUACUCCCCAACCAGUCCUUCCUACUCUCCCAGCUCACCUCAACACACCGCUGGUGGCAGCAGCACGAGAUACUCGCCCAGCAGUCCUAAUUAUUCGCCCACCAGUCCAACUUACUCGCCUUCAAGUCCACAAUAUUCUCCGUCGAGUACAAAAUAUUCACCUACGAGUCCUACUUACACACCAACUUCUCCAAGCUACUCACCAACUAGCCCAACUUAUUCUCCUCCUGUGCCUGGCUACUCGCCGACAAGCCCAACCUAUUCACCAGCCUCGCCGACCUACGAGAGCGAGGACUAA